AUGGAUUUCAAUUAUUCGAAAGAGCGAAAAGUCAUCAAAGGACCAUUUCAUUUCUUUGAUGGCUCCUUCAUCGUGGAAUUCCUCGAGAUGGAAGAGGACGCGGAUUGCAGGUAACGACACCGCAACGAAGACCUUGAUGCAACUUUCACCACGGGGAUUAACGCACCAAUCAGUACUCUUCUCCGUGCCACCUAUAAAGCGAAUCGCCCUCUCCUCAGAAAAGGAAAACAGCAUCCUCAAGCCCCACCGCUACAUCUUCACUUCGACCAAAUCGAAACCUUUAAGAUUCUCCAGGGUGUCCUAGCCGUGACGUACGGAUACGAACAACAAGAAGUGAUCCUCACUCCGGAGAACACGCCUUUCUCGAUUGAGAAGAUGGUUCCUCACGCUCCCUAUCCACAUCCACAACUCUCUGGGGCGAAUGGCGAAGACGUGAUUGCCAUUCUACGCGCGCAUCCUUCUGCUGUCCCGAAUCCUCUGGAUAUCAUCUGGUUCGAGCAUCUCUUCAAACACUUGGAUGGAUGUCAUCGGGAGAAGAAAAUGCCGGAUUUGUUUCAGGUCUUGCUGAGCCAGUGAGUGAGUCUAGACUCGCCAUGCUUCGGAUUGUAGCUGAUGUGUGGUAGGCACGAGGGAGCCUCUGCACCGGUCAUGUUGCCUGGAGUCCACUUUCUAGGCUCUCUGCGAUGGUGGGUGCCAUGGAAGUUACAGGCAGUCGUUGCGUGGGCUGCGAGGUUGAUGGGGUAUGCGCCUGUGAUUCAGAAGUAUUUGAAAGAUGAGUGA